AUGGCGGCGAUUGAAAGUCUGCGGCUCAUGGACAUCUGCGCCGAAUACGGCAAGGCUAGCUAUCAGAAGGCCGUAUCUUUGCGUUUGUCAGAAACCAGCUUGCCUCCGCCGAUAUGCCACAGCGACGUACCUGUGGGUUUUCAGGCAGAGCUACGUGUCAUUGCCCAGCGCAUGGUCGAAGCCAUGACGAAUCAGGUUGUGAUUCCCUGGAACUCUCGAUCAUACGGUGCCUCCAUCGGCAAACAGAGUGGAGACGAUCCGGAGUUCGAGGCGCGGUUGCAAGAGCAAUUCGUGCCUCUGGCCGGAUUCCAGCCGACAAACCGACCUUUCAGCCUCAUCGACGACUCAGAGGAACUGGUCUUCUUAUAUCUGCCCGACAUGCUUUUGCCGGAGCGCCAGGCCGCGAUCGCGAACGCGGUGCUCUUGUCGUCAGAUGCUAUAGCAGCGCAUCCGCCGAAGCCGGAUAACAUUGGGAAGACUUCACGUUGGCGAAACUCCCGGUACCUCUUCGCUCGAAACGAUGAACUGGAGUUCGGUCGGGGCAUGAUUACUUUAUCACCGGGCUGGCUGGCGCAGGGGCAGGAGAGUUAUAACGACCCGCUAUAUGUCUCUCGCGACCUUGCGGCUCGCCCUGGCGGUGCCGAUAACGCUGCGCAAGUUAGCGCGCAGGCCUGGCUUGGAGCAAAUUUUGAAACGGGACUUCUGCUGUCCACGGCGCUAGCGAUCGCUCAUCCCGCCCAAUAUCAUGAGACAAGGCAGGCUCUGGGCUACCUAGCGACUCUUCAAGACUUUGGUCGACAUAUGGAGGCGUGGACGUUCGCCUUCAACGCCGUGACUCUCAUUUGCAAUAGGCUCACCCCCUUACAUCGCGAUCGGUCAAGCGGAGGCGCGGAGUUCCUUGACUUGCUGCUCUCGAUAGGCGGUGGACCGCGGACGAUACUGUCUCUACCCGGCCUCGGCAUUCAGGUUCAGUACGACUCCGGUGCGGUGGCGAUGUUUUCUGGCCAUCAGCAUCUGCACGAGGUCUGGGGAUUUGAUCAGGAGCGAGCCUGCGUCGCCUGCUACGCGAAGGCACCGGUCAUACGCUGGUUGGGGCGCAGGCACCCUUCCCCUCCUUCCGGCUCCGCUACUCUGCCAGAAGGAUGGUGGCAGGCGCUUGCAAACAUUCCUGGAGUUCGCCGCUACGGCGUCAAGACAGAUGGGAGUGCUUCGCAGCGCGUCUGA